AUGGGCCAUGUUAAUAUCUCCAAGCUCGCAAGACUACUCGUAAAGCUACACAAAUCCCCCUCGGGUUGGCUCUGUGUCCAUCCCCGACCAGACCGGUCCAACGACGACGGAGACGGUAAACAACGACGGAGCAAACUCAUCAGAUCCGACGGUUCUUUCGAAGUCUACGAUCAUCCAGUAAUGGUCUCAGAGCUAACAAGAGACUUCCCAAAGCACGAAAUCUGUAGAUCGGACUUACUUUACAUCGGACAAAAAACCCCUGUUUUGUCUGAAACCGAUACGCUUAAGCUCGGUCUCAAUUACUUUCUUCUUCCUUCAGAUUUCUUCAAGAAAGAUCUCUCCUUUCUCACUAUCGCCGCCAUGAAAACAACCACACCUCAGAGGAAAUCAGUCGUGACUCAUCGGCAACCUUUUCUUAUACAGAAGGGUGAAACAGGGGAGAGAAAGAUUAUGUUCAAUUGGUUGGUUUACGUAAAUGGAAACCGAAGCUUGAGACGAUAA